AUGGCCUUUUAUGCGUGUAUCUAUUUUUACGCCGACAAGAGUGUCAGUACGGUGCCAAGGAGUAGAUGUUCGCUGCGCGGGACAUUCGAAGCCGGGGAGGAAGCCGAUGUUAGCUGGAAAAUGGCUAAAGGCGAGAAAGAGACCUAUGUUGGAGUGAUAAUAAAGACAGCAAAGAAAGAGGAAAAGCCGCAAAUAGAACAGUUUACCGAAGAUGUCGGUCUACUCGUGGCGGACAUGAUCAAACGUGGAGAAAACGUUAAAAGCCAAUUACCGGAGCUAUUGAAAAAAAAUCUCCCGGCUCCAGCACCAACGGCCGCAUCUGCUCCUUGUAAGAGGGCGCGGAAAAUGACGAAGGUGAUGGAGGAAAGUAAAAAGCAGGCUGAGGAUGAUGGCGAAACCAAAGAUAAAAAACGAAAAAAAAACCAUAUUGAUCCGCUCACAGAGAAGAAAAAAAACAAGAAGAAAAAUGGCGAGAAAAAUAAGGAGCCUUCGCAGAAGCAGGCGUUAGCAGAGGGGGCAAAAGAUGCCUCACUGGAGAUCUACAGCUCCUUCAGGCAGGUGUUCGGUGCUCAACUGGAUCUAACCAGCGAGACCCGCCAGCCGCCCGAGGCCUCUACUCCCGUGACUCCCAUACAAGAGACGACUCCAAUACACCAGACCUCAAUACGCGAGACUCCAAUAUCUGAGACCGGGGGAGUUGUCUUGAGGGCGGUAGAGGAGACCCUUGGGAUGCCAUUCGAUGAGGAGGAGGAGGAGGAGGAGGAGCCCAGAAGCUAUUUAGAACUGCUAGGCACGAACGACCAUCCAUUGGAGGAGCCAGCAGCAUCCCCAGAUCCCAUUGCACUUUAUUCUGGCUUCUCUGAGUUGGACAAGCUAAGAGAGGAGAAUCGUCUCCUAAAGGCCGAGGUCGAAAGCCUCAGAAGCCAGUUGACCUCCUCUAGGAGACAACCAGUGCCAUCUGCUGAAGUUAUCAACUUUUUCCGUGACUUUGUCUCAUUUAAUGAUGCGACAAACAUCCAAUACUCUGCUGUCGGUGGUGCUCCUUGUCAAGAGUACACGAUCAGGGCAAACCUAAACCCAGGACCCACAACAAGCCAGAAUCAGCGCAGCAGGGACGACGUUAAACUGCUGGAUUCAAGCGACGUUUAUGUCAACCGGAAUGCUUUGCGAAGCUGUGUACAAGCAGGGCACUCAGCCAAAGGCCCCAUUGGGCUUUUAAAGAAACUCAUUCCGAUAGUUUUUUCUGCCGAGGAGCUUGCAAGGUCGUGCGGCCAGGGGCUCGCUCGCGGAGGGGCAUCUCAGAAGGAGGAUGGGAAAGCCCCUCUUGACCAGCACAAGGUCAAUGCUUGCAAAGAUUACCUUGUCGCCUUCUGCCUCCAGAGUAAAAUGGCCCAGCCAGGAGCGCAAGAGAUAAAUAAAGCGUUCACGCAACAAAUUACAUAUGCGAGGACAAAAUUAAAAAUGCAGAGUGCUGCUGUGAACACCGAGUAGAUAUAAUGAUCACCGUCUUUUAUGUAUUUCUUUUUAUACACUAGACGGUCGAGGAUUAUACACGAUUAAAAGUAGUACUAACCAUA